CUGGGGGUGAGUCCAGAUGUCCCGCAUUGAGCCUGGUAGCACUCGGAGCACCCACUUUUGCCUGCUCAAGUGCUGGUAGCACUUGCCUGGUCUCCUGAGCGUCGGUGCGCUUCUCCUCCUGCUACCGCUACCCGUCCCUCGCAACCUUGCGCCAUCUGUGACACUCUUCCGAACUUCUUCCCUCCCUCCCACGACCACGACCACGGCCACGACGAGAGGUCGCCAUCAAUCCAGCCGCCCUCGAUUUUUCUUUCGUCGCCGUUGCCACGAGCGGCCCGACGCCCCUUGCCAACAAGUCGUUCCCAGGAGGCUGGAUCACGGGAAUUAAGCAAGACAGUGCGGGAUCUCGAGGGGAGGCAACGCGAAACCGAAACCACACAGCCCCAGUCUGACUUUCCGACUUUCGCUCGCUCGCUCUCCACCUCUGUCGCCUUCUCAACGCAGCAUUCAAUUCACCACAGCGGAGCCAUAGUUCCCCCUGGACCAAGAACCUGUUGGAACGCCAGCACAAGCAGUCUCUUAUCAGAUUAUCCAACAAAGAGACACUCUCCAUGUUAUCGCGACGUGCUGCGCUCACCACCGCCGUCCCGACCUCUCACCACGUUGCAGCUCAGAACACCAACCGCUUGCGAUAGAUCUCCGCCCCGAUUCUGGUUCCAUUGGCGUCUACUUUCCUUGCCGCGUCUUGACGGCGCUGGCCUGGCCCUCCGGUUCUUCCAACCCAUUUGAGCCUCGAGCCGACGGCCAACCUCUGCCACGAUGCUGCGACCGGCGACUCCCUUGUCGAUCCUGCUCCUCCUGGCUUUUGGCCUGCUCCUGAUCUCGGUCCUGUCGACCCCGAUCAUCCAGCAGAUACCACUUGGCGAAUUCGGCGGUAUCAGUUUCGGCGUUUUUGGCUGGUGUAGGGGCACCACAUGUUCUCCUAUCGAGAUAGGAUAUGACACUUCUGCAAUCAACCAGAAUGGCAACGAAGGUGAUUUCGACCUGCCCAGCUCGACGAGGUCGACACUGUCGGCCAUCCUCAUCGUGCACCCGGUGGCUGCCUUGAUCACUCUCGUCAUGUCUGUUCUCGCUCUGGUAUCCCACCUUCACUCGCCCUCUCACUCCUCUAGAUAUCUGCUUCUAGUAUUCAUCCUCAGUAUCAUCGACUUGAUUGUUUGUCUGCUCUCCUUCCUCAUCGAUGUCCUCCUCUUUGUUCCGCACAUGGCUUUUGGUUCAUACCUCGUCCUUGCAGCAACCAUCCUGGUGGCGCUGAGCACUCUGGUAUCAUGUGCCAUGCGGAGGACAAUUGUCAACAGGAAGGCCAGGAAGAAGAGAAUCGACGAGAACGCAGAGAUGAGCGGAGAGAACUUUUACAACCGCCAGGCCAAGGAGGCGCCAAUGCCGAGCACCGCCCAACCAACCAUGCCUGUUGUCAGCGGUGCAAACGGAGCAGCCAACGAUAAGCUGCCCGUCUUCGCCUCAUUCGAAAAGAAGGAUGACCGCACCAGCGAUGAGCGUAUCCCCUUGACAGCACGCAGCCCUUCCGACAGAUCACCGAACAAUGUGCCCAUGGAGUUGAACAACGCGGAGACCAUGUACAACGGUCCCAUCGGCCCUGGUCCUCGCCGGGCCCCGUCGAGAGACCAGUUCGGCAACCCUAUCAACCCACCACCUGAUGCGUAUGGCAUGCGGAGGCCAUCCACGGAAACCCAACGGUCUCGAGGGCGUGGCGGCGUGCCCCCUGGGGGGUACCGUGGCCGCGGCGGGUACGGCCCUCCAAGAGGUGGGUAUGGCCCCGGCCCUGGAAGGGGGGGAUACGGCCCACCAGGUGGCCGAGGGGCCUAUGGGCCGCCUCCGAACCGAGGGGGUUAUGGACCACCACCACGUGGAUACGGCGGGCCUAUGAUGCGAGGGGGCCGCCCGCCACCGCCGCCGCCAAGCUAUGACUCUGGCCCGUACGACAGGAGGGGCUCACCCGCUGCGGAAUACGGCGGUCCUUACGGCGCCCGCCAGCAGUCUCCGGGCCCUCCAUCGGCGCCUGGCUACCAGAUGAACAGCUUGAACACAUCUAUGCCGAGCGUGUCGACAGGAAACAGUUACGAAGCGUACACACCUGGCAGAGAGAGCGACCUCCCGAGAGCAGAGUCGCCACCACCGCUGCCUGGGGCCGAGAACGAUGUAUCAGGGCGGGCUUCACCGAUGCGCGCGCCUGGUAGCCCUUCACAUGACCAACGGGGCUUUGGUCUCAGCGACAGCGAUGCCGACAUCGCAGGGAUGGUUGGAUUGCAGCAAGGACGAGAUACAGCUCGCCGUCAUGAUACUGUCAUGAGUGAGACCAGCCGAUAUAGCCAGGCGGACGACCAAUACGUUCCAGUGCGUACUGGUUGGAAUCAGAACGCCGCUCAACAUCAGUCGGCAGUGCCUUCUCCACUGCGCCCUCCAGGGGCCAAUCCAAGACAAAACACCGGAAGUCCCCGUCCGGCUCCGCAAGAGACAUCCUAUGUCGAAGACGUAGAUCCUCGCUUUGCCGAGCCUCCAAUGGUGGCCACUCCCGUUCAAAGACCGACACCUCCGGCUCUCGAGACUGACAACUCUUAUGACAGCAUUCCUGAAGGAGCUCGCAGCCCUGCUGAGUCUGAACGAUCAACGUUCACCUCGAUAUCGCAGCGAGGUAUCAAUCCCAACUGGCCUGGGAACAACCCGCCGCCUGCUCUGGGCGGCUUCGGGGCAAUGCCUCCUCGGAGGCCAGUCCAACCGCCCCGAGAUGUGCUAGACGGAAACCCAGAUUUCAUGUUACCAGGCGGCGGUGGUCGUGGAGGACGUGGGCCACGUCGCGGUGGCGGCGCCUAUCCUGGAGGCAUUUGACUACCGUCUCAGCCAGUACGACUGCAGCCCUUGUUUUACUCUACACUUCUCCCAAACCUCGUUUCUACCCUGACCAUAGACCUCGGUUACUUGGCUCAUGUUUGACGGCAUUUGCAUCUCAGGAACCUUGUCUGGCCACAUCAAUUGGCUCAGGUUCACUGUUCACUUCGGUCUUAAUCAGCUCUUAGCCAGAGCCAUAUAUAUACCCAUUCGGCUCGCCUGGCGAUCUCGCUCCGCUUCCUCAAGCUCCUAGGCUUCUAUCCUGUCGAGGUCGGGCUGGAGGAAGGUCAAGCUGGACAGCAUCCUGCGGAAUUAUGACAGGCGUUUCUCAGCUUCCCUUUCUACUUGAAAACUUAUCCACGUCGGCGUUCAAAGGGAUGAUGCAUCAGACCCCACGACAAGGGGGCAUACUUUCGACAAAAUUUCAACUUGAAUUGCGACUUCCCGGCACCACCUUGCAUAUUCACUGGCACCGGCUUUGGAUCCCAACAUAUUUUCCCUCCCCCCCCUUUUUUCUGGCCAUACGACACCGGACUGCUGGGGCGGUACCACUUUAUGUGGACAUCUCUGGAUUAUCACUCAACAUGGUUUCUGUUUUGUUCUUUCUCCCCUUCUUCAUUCUGAGAGGCAUGUUAGCUUCUACGAAUUCCAUACCAAGAUGAAAGAGCACGAACUAGGUAGAGGCGGGUUAGACGAUCAAGUAAUCUCGUCUCAUUGCAUACGGAGAGUGAAGGGCACCGGACUUCUCGCACGUACAGGGAAGUGAGGAUGGUGUUCCGGUUGGACGGGUUCGCUAGAGAUAUGGUGCUGCUCAGGAGCUCCUGGAGAGGCUCGAAGCCUCGAGGAGCCGAAGGCAGCUAGAUAGGCUCGAGAAACGGAACCAAGUUCAGUAAUUUGGAUGGCCCAGGUGAAAAUGCCGACUGAUGCUUGUACAGGAGUGCCUGGAAGACGUGUCUCGGGAAUAUUACCUUGUACCCCCGCAAUGGGCUACGCCAACCGUCCACUUGUCCGUAGGCUGAAGUGGACUGCUUGAACUGACAGCACAGGGGGAGUGCGUGUUCUUUGUCAUACUUGGAUCGGACGCCACGGCUUACUAAAUUUCUACACUAGCUUUGCAUUGCCUAUGCUCCAUGACACA